AUUAAAUCUGAUACUUAACACCAUAAAAUUAUAUUUGUGCAAUUUGAGAUACUUAUGUCAAACCAGUUCAAAGUUUGAGAUAUUUAAAUUAUUUUCUUCUUUUAAAUAAAUCCUAUCAAAUUUAUCAUCUUGGUGAUUUGCACUAAAACGUGUCUCACACGUGGAUGAUUAUUUUCCAGUUCACUCUUUUCCCUUUUCUUUAAUAGUAUAUCAUGGGAAAAGGCAAAAGGUAAAGACGACAAUGGUGUCAUGACAGAGCAAGUGUUAGAAUAGUGGACUAUAUGUCAUGUCCCCAUUCAAUUGUAUCUUUUGAAAUACUUUUUUUUUGUAGAAUGAUAGAAUGGUUGGUACAAAUAUAUAAAGGGUAAUGUAUGUGGAACUCUAUAAUCAUAAAUUAACACAACCUGCAAAAGCCUGCAGAUAUAUAUAAAGGGUGAACCAGCCUUUUUUCCUUCUUUCAUAUUGUUUUAUAGGUUUUGCAGAAUGCAGAUGGCUGAUGAAUUCAAGCAUUUGGUUCUUGUUAAGUUCAAGGAAGAUGCUGUUGUGGAAGACAUUCUUAAAGGAAUGGAAAAGCUUGUUUCCGAAGUGGACACUGUCAAGUCCUUUGUCUGGGGAAAAGACACAGAGAGCCAUGAAAUGCUAAGACAAGGCUUGACACACGCUUUCUUGAUGACAUUCAACAGCAAAGAUGAUCACACCGCUUUUGCUAGCCAUCCCAAGCACCUCGAGUUUUCUGCUUCUUUCUCGACUGCAAUUGAAAAGGCUGUUCUGCUUGAUUUCCCCUCCAUUGCGGUUAAACCUCCCGCUUAAUCAUUCCUGAAAAUAUGGUUAUCACAUCGCCAUAUGAAAUAAAAUUUCUGUUUCUUUAUAUGCUCAGAUGUGUGCUGAUAUAUGUUUAGUUGUAAUCCGACAUUAUAUGUUGCUGUAGUAUUCCAGUCAUGGAUCUGAUAUUUAUGUUCCCACUUAAUGUCUAGCUUAAUAACUUUGAGAUUUAUUAAUGGUUGUGUGGUUUAAAAUGGGAAGAUAAGUCAGCAUUGAUGUUACCUUGUUAUUAAUAUAGAGUGUUGAACGAUGCAGAAAAAGUACUCCAUAAUUUGUGUUUCUUGCUUUAAAUGAAAACACUUUAAAAAUGGUGAAAUAGCUUUGUUGGUC